AUGCUUCGUAUUGUCGAUUUCGGUCCAGAUAUUCAUGACAAAGAAUCCAAAAAGGCAGAUCAGUACAUUUCUCAUGGCUCUGCUUCUGAGAGACGAGAAAUUCUAGACGGGAUCAAGGGAUUUUCAAUAUUUGACGCUGAUGAUGUCGAGGAUCUCGAGAGAAAUUGCACAUCGAUGAUUGAGCGAGGGGGCAAGGGAAAAUUCAGGGUCAAGUCCAUAGACAUUUCUCGAUUGCGGAUGAAAUACUUUUUUGGCCACGGAUACGACUACGGCGGGGGCAAAGGAUCGGAAAAAUUCUUCAAUCCAAAGGAUAUUUCGCCUAUUCCAGAAUGGAUCUAUGAAAGCAUCAUUGAAAAGAUGGAAAAGACCGGCAUCGUCGACAAGAAUUGGAUCAACUCAGUCGUCAUAAACGAUUAUGAACCGGGAGGAUUUAUCGUUCAGCACCAAGACCCACCUCAUCUUUUUGAAAGACCGAUUUUCAUCUUGACCCUCUUCUCCGAUUCAGCGUUAUCUUUCGGCUGCAACUUGCGGUUCGAUAGAACUGUCGAGCCAGUAGAAGUGACUGCUAGCGAUCCAAUUUUGCGCCUUCCCAUGCAAAGAGGAAUUAUAACAUCUUUCGAGGGCAUGUGUAUGAAUGAGAUCAAACACUGUGUCCGACCAGUAGACACGAAAGAACGUCGUGUAGCCAUUAUUCUGCGGCGAAUAUGCGAAGAUGGUCCAGUCCUUGAGCCGCUGACAAAUGGCGAAAGCCUGCGUAAUUUCGACAAAAAGCUACACAAAAAAGUCCAAAAACGAUGCGAGAAGAUGCUAGCCUCGAAGAUCUUGCCCUAUGAAAGGUCUUUCCAUCUCGUCGAAGUGAAAAGAGAAACGGAAAAAUCUAAAGCUGCGCCAAAAGAAAAGGUGAAAGAACCUUGGAGAAAACAGCCAAAACCGAAAAAAGAAUCAAAAAAGAGGAAAGAAAAACUCAAGAAAAAGGGAGUCGGAACUUUCGAACUGGAUCGACCUAUUGAAAAGGACGAAAAUGACAAACAGUGGAACUUUGGGGAUUCACCAGAGAGAGUUUCAAAGCGAGUUGAGUGGUCUUCUGAUGACGAGCAAAAGGAAAAGAAUAAACGAAUAGGUAAAACUGGCGACAUGGCCGAUUUGAUCUACGAUUUCCAUCACCAAGACAAGGAUUUACGGGAUAUGGACAUCAAGACUAUUGAGCGCAAAGUUCACAUGCAAAAGAGCAGGAAACAGCGAGGCCGCGAGUUCCGCGACAAAAUCAACUCGAAGUUCGGUUUCAAAACCAGCGUUGCCAAUUCCGAUUCUGAUUCUUCCGACUCGUCCGACUCUUCCGAAGAAGUCAGACCCAAAAAGACGAGGAUCAGCAAGUUUACGUUCUAG